AAACAUGCUUGAUUUCAUUUACAGUAUCAUCAUCUAGUACAGUUUUAAUAAAGCAAAACUCUAUGAGAAUCAGAAUCAAACAAGGUGAAAUUUUUGGGAAAAAAAGCAGAUUGAGAUCCGAAGGGAGGGAUCCCACCCACGGGAUCAAGCUCCCUUCUUCUCCCUCACGGCUCUUCCCAAAAAUUCCUCUUUUCAGAAAUUACCUAAGGCAAUGAAACCCAGAAAAUGAAAUUCCUCUGGAAGCUCGGUGAUCCUUCCUCUCAACCACCGUUGUUGCCCCCUUUCUUCUCCAGUAAAUCCCCUUCUAUUGCUCUCAAAAACUCAGACGAAACUCCCCAACAAAGAGACCCAAAAUCCACCCAAAAACCAACCCCUAUUACUCUGCUUUUGCCCUAUAUAUAUACCCCAAAAAAUAAAAAGAAAAUGCAACAAAAGACAAGGGCCUUGCUCUGUCGAUCAAUGAUGCCAAUUUGUCCGGUACUCCUUGUCUUUUCUGCAUGUGAGGCAAGGAUGGGAGCUGCAGUAAAUCAGCGAUGCAGAGGCGCGGGAUUGGGGUGAGGCGCGGUGUGCAGGGAGGCAGGGGCGUGGAGUGCUGAUGAUGACUCGGGCGUGCAGGGGCAUCAUUGCCGGCAGUGGGGCGCAGCAGGGCAAGCAGAGUGCAGGCGAUCUGGUGCAGAGCGCAGGAGCUGGUGCAGGAAGCAAGGCCGAGCGUAGCAGAGUGCAGGCUGGGGCAGAGUGCAAACGAUCUGGGCGCAGAGCAGGGAGCAGGGGCGUAGGUGCAGGGCUGGUGCAGCUAGGCUGGGCGUGCGAGGGGGCGAUGAUGGCUCGGUGCAGAGGAGCUGGGCGCGGUGCAGAGGAUCUGGGCUGAUUCGGGAGAGAGAAAAGUAAAAGAAAAAUGGAAGAAGGAGGUUCUGGAGAAAAAAAGAUUUAAUCUUUUU